GAAAAGAGGCUGGUCUGAGGUCUUUAUAAACGUCCGAUACAUCCGCGCUUCAAUUGCACGUAGUAAAUAACCAAAUCUUUGUUAUAGUGAAGAAAUAGUACUGAGGCGAUUUGCAAAGCAUUUAAAGAGUGUUUAAGGACUUGUUGUGGGUGAUCACCAGUGGACAAUCAAGCUUUACAGGUUUCCUCAAUUGAAAGACAUGGAUGAUAUCCAGGUUGCGUCAAAAGCUCCCCUGCUCGUUGACAGGGAAUUGCCAGGGUUGAGAGAGGCUGUAGCACAACUUGUGAUAAAGGAGCACGAUGUAGAGACUCCCCAUGGAAGGAUCCACUGCACCAUGAAGGGGGUGCCCAAAGGAGACCGCCCRGUCAUCCUCACCUUCCAUGACAUUGGACUGAACCACAAGACGUGCUUUGACUCCAUGUUCCAACAUGAGGACAUGCAGGAGAUCAUGCAGCACUUUGCUGUGUGCCARGUCGAUGCCCCUGGACAGCACGAGGGGGCCAACACCUUCUCUACCGGGUACGAGUACCCCUCCAUGGAUCUGCUGUCUGAGUCUCUCCCCCUGGUCCUCAAGCAUUUUGGUCUGAAGAGCGUCAUUGGAAUGGCCGUCGGAGCUGGAGCCUACAUCCUUGCAAGAUUCGCUCUGGACUACCCCACGUUGGUGGAAGGCCUGGUUCUGAUUAAUAUCAACCCCUGUGCUGAGGGGUGGAUGGACUGGGCUGCAAACAAGGUCACUCCUUUGCCUGACAUGCUCAUCGGCCAUCUCUUUGGAAAGGAGGAAAUCUCCAACAACCAUGACCUUAUCGCCACCUACCGCCAUCACAUCAUGAAUGACAUGAACCAGUACAACCUUCAACACUUUGUUAAAGCUUACAACAGCCGGCGGGAUCUGGAGAUUGAGAGGCCCAUUCCUGGUGGAAAAGUUACCGUCAGAACCCUGACGUGUCCUUCUCUGUUGGUGGUAGGAGACAGCUCUCCGGCCGUUGACGCUGUGGUGGAGUGCAAUACUAAGCUGGACCCGACAAAGACCACACUGCUGAAGAUGGCUGAUUGUGGAGGCCUGCCCAUGGUUGACCAGCCUGCAAAGCUGACAGAGGCCUUCAAGUACUUCAUUCAGGGAAUGGGCUACAUGCCUGCUGCCAGCAUGACCAGACUGGUCCGCUCUCGCACGGCGUCCGGAUCCAGCAUCCACUCCAUGGAAGGCAACAGGAGCCGGUCUCACACCAAUGAGGGAAACCGAAGCCGGUCACACACCAACGAGAGGCGUGGCCGCUCCCACACAGACAGUAUGGAAGGCACAGCAAACCGCAGCGCCGCUCUCAAGUCCACCGAAGUGUCCUGCUAGACGACCCUUACCCUCGACCUUUAACCUCCAGCCCCCUGGUUCCUGCUGCUCUGCCACUAACCACUCUCUCUCUCACACACACACACACACACACACACACACACACACACACACACACACACACACACACACA